UUGCAGCAGGAGAAGGCAGAAUGGGAGAAGUUAAACAAGCUGUUAAUGCGCCGUGGGUUGAAACCAGUGAGUCUGGCUGGCCCCCAGAGCUGUGGAAGCGUAUCUGAUAUGAUUGUCUUGGACAGUCCGUCUUCUCUAGGAAUAAGACUUACAUUAAAAACGCUGGUGGAAGACACUGACCGACAGCAGAAAAUUAUGCAGGGGCUUAUGGAGGCUAAUCAUCAUCUUAGAGAUGAGAUACGACAGGAACGAGGUCGGGCAUCUCGACAAGAACAGCGGGCUAAUGAUUUGGAAAAGAUGGUAAAAAACAUUAAGUCCAAAAUUUGUCAGCUGGAAGAUGAGACGAUAGCUAAAGUUUGCCAGCAGCAGAAGCAAGUCAGAGAAUUUCAAAAAGAACAACAGGUUUCCCAGGCAAAAUAUCAACAGCAGCAGGAAAAACUGCAAGAACAGGAAGAGAUUAUUGCCCGUUUGCAGAAGGAGCUGCGCAAAGUUGGGAUGGAGGAGCAACAGCGUGUUGCCACUCAAAACAAAAUGUUUUGUCAGUUUUGCAAAAGAGCUCCCAAGUCUCUUCUAGACCAGCAGUUUCUUUGUCUAAUUGAUUAUUAUGAAUCUCAAAUUAGUCAAAUGAAAAAGGAGCUAAGGCAAUAUAAAAAAGAUGAAGAUCAGGCUCAGAAAGAAGUAAAAAGCAAGGAAGAAUUCUUAAAUCUAGAUGCUACUCCUAAUUAUAGAGCACUGCUCACGUCUUUCCAGAAACAACUUAUUGAAACAAAAGCAAGGAAUGAACAGCUUUUGCUUGAAAAUAUAAAUCUCAAGAAAGAUUUGGAAAUAAGACCAACUGCACAGGAGUUAAAACUUUACAAGCACCAAGUGAAGAAACUAGAGAAAACUUUAAAGAAAACUAUCCAAUCUUCAGGGACUAGUACCGCAGAAAGAAUAGAAGAAAAGAAAGAACCUGAGAGUAUCACAGGAGUAGAUCAGCUGCAGGCACUUUGCCAGCAAUACUUACAGGUUUUGUCCCGUAUUGAUUCUAUUUUGCGAAGUCCGAGAGCUCCUCCACUAAUAUACAGGCGCAGCAAAGGGCCAGUGCAAAAUCAUAUUAAGGAGAAUGGACAGGAAUGUGGAUUUGAGCACCUUCCGCUCACUAUAGAAAUGUGGGCAGAUCAGCUAAUGGCCCUAAAG